AUGUUGAACACAGACACGUUAUUACAGGGUCAUGAGUUCACAUCAAGUGACCGUUUGAUUUCAUCUUCAGGUUCGUAUACGUUGAGUUUCUUUCAGUAUGAAGGGUCUCAAGAUUUCUACCUCGGAAUUAGACUAUCAGCUAAUGCUUCAAGUUCUAAUUAUUUUUGGAUAGCCAAUAGAGACAUGCCAAUCCACGACCCUGCAGCCCUUCUCACAAUCGAUGAAUUUGGUAACUUGAAAAUUAUUUCCAACGUGGGAAGAAAUUCCACUAUCAUGCUCUACUCUUCUGAUGCUGAUAGAGAAAUUAGCAACAGUACUUCCAUCAGUGCCAUCAUGCAAGAUAAUGGAAACUUUAUGUUUCGUGAAACAAACCAAGAUGGAUCUUUGAAGAGGAUAUUAUGGCAAAGCUUUGAUCACCUCUCACACGUUCUUAUAAUGGGGAUGAAACUAGGGUUUGACAGCAAAACAGGCCAUAAUUGGUCUAUAACAUCAAGCAGAAGUGACAAGUCUUAUUUGUCAGGGUCUUUCACCCUUGGCCUUGACCCCAAAACAAAGCAAUUGGUGAUAUGGUGGAGAGGGAACGUUUUUUGGAGUAGUGGCCAAUGGAGCAAUGGAAGCUUUGCUAAUUUAAAGGCUCCACUUUACCAGAAGGACUUCAGCUUUGAGUACUACUCAGAUGAAAAUGAAACGUAUGUGACAUACCUUGCAGAAUAUAUCGUCUUAGAUCCAUCAGGUUCAAUGUAUGGCAGCGUUUCUGGUGCUUCUUACUCAUGCAUCAGUAACUACUUUCUAUCUGGUUGUUCAAAGCCAAGUGUUCCCAAAUGUAGAGAUCAUGAUAGUUUGAACUGGGGUAGCUGGGAUAGCUAUGGAGUAAUGUCAGGGAAGGGUUUCCAAUUUGAUGAAAGUGAGAAUCUGACCAAUUUUGAUUGCUGGAUGAAGUGUUUGAACAAUUGCACAUGUGAGGCCUACUCUUAUGUUAACGAGGAUGAAACUGGGUGUGAGAUAUGGAGCAGGAACUCAGCAAACUUUAUGGCCACUAAUAAUUUGACAGCUGGGGGGCGUCAUAUAUACUUCCUUACCAUAAAAAAGGGCAAGGCUAAGAUAUGGAUCAUAUUAAGCGCAAUUGUUGGAGCUCUCAUCCUAAUCAUAUUAUGCGUCUCUUGCAAUAAGUUGUGGAGAAAACUAAAACAAAAUGUCGAAAAUCGCAAGAAACGAACAAAAUUAUUGUCUGAAAUUGGAGGAAAUACUGCAAUUUCCAUUGCUUACAAUGAGAAAAGAGAACAGAAGAAAGAUGGAAAGACAAGUGAUGAUAUGCAUAUUUUCGAUUUUCAAACUAUUCUUGAGGCAACUGCUAAUUUUUCUUCCAGCAAUAAGAUAGGAGAGGGUGGCUUUGGACCUGUCUACAAGGGAAAGUUGCCAAGUGGACAAGAAGUAGCUAUAAAGAGACUUUCCCAAAGCUCGGGACAAGGGUUGAUAGAGUUUAAAAACGAAGCCACGCUGAUUCGGUUAUAUGUCUCCGGAGUACGCUAUGAUGGGUGUCGUCUCAACUAA